AUGUCUCGAACUGUUUUGCGCGCCGGCUGCUCCACGGCGGGGGCCGCAAUUCGAGGAGUAGUGCGUGUCUGUGGGGUGGGCGGGGAGUGGGCGGUAACGUUUGGCGCCGCGCGCUGCGCCUCCUCGACGCACGCAGUGUCCGGGGAGGAGCUCCGCGCCGCUUUGCGCGUCCUCGCCCUCCCUGACAGCGCGACAGACGACGAGAUCAAGGCUCGCUUUCAGCAACUCGCCAAGACGAGCCACCCCGACGUCCUCCACAGUGACAACCCUCACAAGUGUAGUGGUGAUGCCGACCCAACGCGUGGCGGUGGCGGUGGCAACGCGAACGUGUCACGGGAUGAAUCAUCUGCCGCGGAAAACAUGCGGCGCGGGGUGGAGGCGUAUCAGUUGCUGCGGCGGUACAGCAGCGCGGAGCGGCGCAUGAUUUUGGCCGCCUCCCGUGUCGAUGGUGAUGCACAGCAGCGUGCACAGCGGGCAUACGAGGGCCGACGUCGAGAGCAACGUCAGGAAACGCAGGGCAUGGACCGUGGCGCGCAGUCCGGCCGAGGCCGAAGUAAAACGGCAGAGUUUAAUACUUUUAGAGCGCGCAUGGAGAGGAUGCGGGCGGAGGCCCCGCCUUGGAAUCUGACAGACCGACGGCGGAGGGGCACUAGGCAUGCGCUCUCCUUCAUGUUUGGACCACAGGGUCACUCGGCGCAGGCGGCGAUGGAACACAUCUUUCGUGAGUAUCAACGCACAGGGGGCCUGGGGGAUGGGGCGGCCGGCAACACCCGCUUCCCCCAGUACCCUUCCGGCAGCUUCGCGUCGACGUCGGCCGCAUUCGCCCCGGAGUCGGAAGCGCGCUACAUGCAAAUGAGGAAGCGGGCCCAGCAGGCCGCCGUUGUGGAUGCCGCUGUGGGCCAACGGCUUGUGCUGGGGAUCUUUGCUUUCGCCCUGUUUGCCGUCGCGUGUAUGGUGUACGCAACCGUCUCACGGCGGCGGGCGGCGCAGUGGAACUAUUACGCGACAGAAUCCCCGGCCACAUAUGUAGUCUCGAAGGGCGUGGGUGGGGAGGGCAACGGGGCGGAUGGGGACCAAAAGCAGGCGCCGGAAAAAUAG